CUGAAACUCACUUCAGAAACUGGACUGUGUUUGUCUGACUGCACUGAGGAGGCUGAGACAACUUUCUACAUCCAGGGGUGACCAGAUUUUCUGUCCUGGGGGGCCAAAGUGCAGUGUCUGUGGUGGGCCGAGGGCCGAAAAGACAAAGCAAUACACAAAUAGAGUAGACAUAAUGAGUCUGAAGACUGUGCCUAUGAGUCUGCUUCUGCUUUGGAUCACACACUGCAUUCACACUUCUGAUGGAUCUGCUGGUGCAAUGCACUUCAAACUGAGUCUGGACGUUAUGAUGGAUGAAAAAAGCCCAUUACAAGUCAAACCUGAAACCACUGUUGAUGUUCUUGUGGGGAAAACUACAGAUCUAGCAUGUUGGCACAAGACCGGCAAAGGAUUGGUGACGUGGUGGCAGACCCCCUUCGGAUCAUUUGGAGGAGAAAAGUUUAGCAACAACGACCCAGUAGACAUAAAAAAUGGAACGCUGAGGAUCUUGAGGGCCACCUCAAGCCACACUGGACUCUACCACUGCUACCUAGUGGACAGCAGGGGGACAACGGUCAUCCCAUACAGAGUGAACGUACUGGAAAGAACAAGGCCAAGGUUGACCAGAGAGGCCAAAAUGAGCAUGAUGUAUGAGUUGGCCCCAGGUGUAGUGCCAUCAGUGUUGGCCACCUUCAUGGUUGCGUUUACUCUUGGUGCAUUCAGCAGACCCUACGUGAUCAAGUGUCUGCAAAGAGCAAGGGCUAGAAUAGGCCAGAAGAGAGAAGACCAGAACAGUCCAGGUGACAUAGCCUUAUUCAGAAUGACCUACAAUAAAACAUCCUCACUGUCUGAAGAUGCUCCAAAGACAUCUUCACCUGUUAAGUCUACCAAACAAUGGUUCUGGUCAAAGAAGAAGGACCAGUGCGUUGGUGUUCAUGUGGAAGGAGCUGAUGAGAUGAAAGACGGAGCAGAUGGAGCACAAGACAGGCAAGAAGGAGAGGAAACCUUUGUACAACCCAAACGGAGGAGCAGAGUCAUUAAAGUGUACAACUACGAUGAAGAGGGGAAGAGAUAUGGCCACGUUACAGAGCCGGAGGUGGUGGUGGAGGAGUGCGCACCCGGGCCCAGACACAGAGUGAUGUCUCUGACCAGGCUCAGUGCCAUUAUGAACCAGGUGGAAACUCCUGAUUUCUCUGCAUCCGGAAAACCAGCAGACAGCAGCUCAGCUGAACUGGAUAAUCCGCCUCACACCGGGACCUUAAUGGAGUAGAGAGAAAUCAAGUUUAUGCAGUUUUUCUUAGUUUGAUUCUUUAGUUUUGCAUUAACAAGCAAUGGAAGCCUAUAUGCACCAAUUGGCAUUGAGCAAACUGCAUGGCUGGAUGGUCACACACUCAUGGAGUUUUAAAGGGCCCAUAUGCCACAUUCUUCUUGUAUUUCAUUCUUUUCAUUCAUAAUCACUCAUGUAUAUGUAAAUGAGCUCUGUUCUGAUUGGCUGCCUUGUACUGUGUUUGGUUAUAUGUGUAAGUGGCUAGUCGUUAGUGUAUUAAAGUGUAUCUCUCUAAAUAAUCUCUAAAAACAGUUGAAAAUGCACAAAGAUGCUGAAAUCUGUCUGGAAUUAAAGGCUUAAAAUGGA